AAUAAAGAAGGAAUAAAAAUAUUUAAAUAAAUCAUGGCUCUAAACGAAAGAACCCAUCUACUCCAGAUCACUACUGGGGAUAUCACCAAUGCACCUCGUAUUUUGAAGAAUGCUCAGCAUGAUGGACAACCCAUCGUAGUAGUUAUUGAGAACGGCUUCUGUUGUUGCAAACCAAAGUUAGAUGUGCCUUCAGGCGUAACUGUUCUUUCACAGAAGUGGGGAGCCCAUGAUGGUGAAUUAGCGCCAGGAUUCAAAUGUUGUUGGUGAAAACAUAAGAAAAUUGCAGCCAUUAUUACAAUGAACUCUAUAAGAUAUGAUGCUCCUAUUAAAAACUGUCCUACCAAAGACAACGUCAGAGUCUGGGUUGAUAUAAGUUUGACUUUCAGGAUUGGACCUGGCCAUGAUGAAUGCAUGAAGUUCAUCUAUGAACUCGGCCCAGCUAAGUUAGACCAGAUGCUUGAAGCUGAAAGCGAAGAAGCUAUCAGGAACUUUGUUUAUGGAGUAAAGCUUGCUCAGAUUCAAGAUAUUAAAGGAGAGAUCGCUAGCACCCUCUUGCAAGAUUUAAACAGGAAGUUUGUUGAAUUUGGCGUCUACUUUGAAAAUGUGCAUAUUUUACAAAUCAAGAUUCCAGACCAGCUGCAGAAAACUCUUUCAGAUACGACUGCAUUUGAUAUUAAACUUCAAAAUCAGAUUAAGAAGCAUCAGAACGCAAUGCUUGUGCUUGAAAACGACCAGAAUCAGAAACUGACUGAGCUUCAAAGGAAGAACGGCAUCAAAAUUGAAGAGCUAAAGGCUGCUAAUGAAAGAGCUCUCAUUUCCAGAGAAGAGAAAAAAGUUAACGCUCUUUCAGAUUACGAAGUUCGGAUGACCGACGCUAAAUCGAAGGCUUCUGUUCUCAUGACUAAAGUAAAUGGAGAAAAAGAUAUCAUAGAGAAUGAAAGCAAGAAGGAAGUUCUUGAAAUGGUAAACCAGGCUAAGACCCAGUGAGCCGAAAAGAAAAGAAAAGCCGACCAUGAAGCAACUGUUCUCACCAUCAAAGCUGACUCCCAAUAUGAAGCUGCUAAGGCUAAAUACGAAGCAGCAUUAAUAGAAGCUCAAGCAGAAGCAGAUAACAAAGAAGGUCUUUCAAAACUAAGAACCCACGAGCUAUCAAUGGCUAGAGCUGAGGUUAUGCAAGAACUUGCAAGGAACUCAGACAUUGUUUUUGGAGGAAAGAGUGGAGAAGCCCUCCUCGGAGAGUUCUUGCCCUAA